AUGCCCGUACAAACUACAUACAAGCUAAACAAUGGACUAGAGCUCCCUUCUAUCGCUCUUGGUACUUGGAUGUCCGCUCCUGGAGAGGUCGAGCGAGCAGUCAAGCAUGCCAUUGAAAGCGGUUACAAACACAUCGAUUGCGCAUGGGGUUAUGGAAAUGAAGCCGAAGUCGGCGAAGGUAUCAAAGCUUCGGGCGUACCUAGGGAUCAAAUUUGGAUCACCUCCAAGUUGUUCGAACUUCAUCACAAGCCAGAGCACGUCGAGCUUGCGGUACGCGACAGUCUGAAGAAACUUGGUACCGAUUACCUUGAUAUGUACUUGCUCCACUACCCUGUCGCUUGGAAAACAGUUGCUCCUGAGGGAGUCUUACCCCAGAAAGAGCAUACCCCUAUGGUCGAUGGCAAACUAGUCAUUGAUAUCCCUCUCUCAGAGGACUUCCUCUCCACAUGGGCAGCAAUGGAAAAGCUGGUUGAGAAGGGUUUAGUACGAUCUAUUGGUGUUUCCAAUUUCAACAUCUACAAACUCAAGAAACUCAUAGCUGCUGCUAAGAUCAAGCCUGUUACCAAUCAAAUUGAACUUUCCAUCCAAAACCCUCAAUUCGAAUUUGUCGAAUGGCUUCAACGUAACGAAAUAGUGCCUCAAGCCUUUUCCCCCUUGGGUGGUUUGGCGGGUCAGCAUCUGCGACAACAUCCAGCGGUCCUUGAGAUCGGUAAAAAAUAUGGCGUUCACGGAGCUGUCGUUUUGAUCAGUUGGCUCCUCGCCAGAGGCAUUCAGCCUCUGCCUAAGAGUGUCUUUGAGAAUGAAAUUGAAGCCAACAUCAAACCUGUUGAUCUCACCAAGGAUGAAGUCGAGACGUUGUCUGCCUUGGCUAGAUCUUUCCCAGCCAAAAGAGUUGUAAACCCCUCUUCAGAGUACGAGCCAUUCUACGACGUCUACCAAGAGAACCACCCAGAGUUCAGCGACACAGCUCAACUCCUUUUAGAAAAGAAUGGCGCUUAG